AUAGCGUGUAAAAGAAAAGGAGAGGGAGGCGAGGGUCGGUCGUCCCGAAGAUGGCGUCGGCAGUGUGCGCGACGCUCCGCGUCGAGGACGAGAGACGAGGACGGUGGCGAACGAGAAAGAUUCGAUUUGUGUGUUUCGUGUAUUUGAAUAGUAGAAUAUAUCGUGGUAGAUCAUCGUAAUAGAAGAGGAAUAAUAAACGGAAGAAAUCGAACGUAUCGGGAGCACCCUCGGCUUUUAAACCUUGUCCGUUCUACCCCAUCUCGAGUGACAGGCGGCCGCUUACGUAACGGAUUAUUCUCGCUAUGAUAACGAUACUCCAGGCGCGAAUACGAAACGACAGAAACGAUCCUUCGAACGACGGGUUAUUCGCGGCGCUGCCUGCGACCCUGCCAGAAAUACGUCGUGACUGACCCGAAUAAUCAUCUCCUCCUCAUCCUCCUCUUCCUCCAUCUCCUACUCCUCUUCCUCUUCUUCUUCCUCCUCCACUCUUCCUAUCCAAUACUUCCACCUCGUUCCUUCUUUACGUAGUCCACGACGUCGUCGGCGACUACAUCUCGUCCACCUACUCUUGUUUCGAUAUAUCUAUAUAUUUAUAUAUAUAUAUAUAUAUGUAUAUGCAUAUGCAUAUAUCGUUACCUGUGUGGCGUCUGUGAAAGCGUCCCACCGGGAUUCCUUCCUCUCGUUUACCGCAACGGUUAUAGACCGACCUGCAAAUAUACGGAAAGGAAAGGAAAUUAUGACAGCUGCGCUCGUCAUGGAAAACGUUAACUGGGAUCCCGCAUUAUCGAAACUUCUCAAUUCUCUGAGGGAAAACAAAUCGGAAAUACCAAGCUGUACUGAGGAAGAGUUCGGCUUUCUCAGUGAGCUAUUACAAUCGAAGGAAUUGAACGCCUUGGUAACUGUUCACAAUAAGAUCUUAAACAAUGUCAAGGACGAUAAGUUCUUUCCUGUGUUAUCAAACUCGAUGGACAUUGAUAUCGAGGUGCUCGACUUAUUGUCCACGAAAACUCACAUCUCGGAAGAGUAUAAAGAACUUUUUCAUCUUUUGCAAAAACCACAUAUGCAGGGUUUACUCUGUGCACACGAUGCCGUUGCCCAAAAGGAUUACUAUCCCAGAUUACCUGAGAUUCCAUUGGAAGUCGACGAGGAUGAAGAGACAGUGAAGAUCGUACAGCUGGUCAAGUCGAACGAGCCCCUGUGCGGCGCCGGGGUCGAACCGAUCGUGGGGGCGACCAUAAAGACCUGCGAGGUCACUGGGAAAAUCGUGAUCGCACGAAUAAUGCAUGGUGGUGCAGCCGACAGAUCUGGCCUUAUUCAUGUUGGUGAUGAAGUCUGCGAGGUGAAUGGUAUCAGCGUUGAAGGGAAGACACCAAAUUGUGUCCUUAAAAUACUGCAAAAUUCGGAAGGUACGAUAACAUUUAAGAUCGUACCGGCGGACAGCAAAGGUGGAAUCAGAGAAAGCAAGGUACGAGUGAGAGCACAUUUUUCAUAUAAGGCAUCGGAAGAUCCUUAUAUACCGUGCAAGGAAGCAGGAUUAGAUUUCGUCAAAGGUGAUGUCUUGCACAUCGUUAGCCAGGACGAUGCGUAUUGGUGGCAAGCCAGAAGAGAAGGUGAUCGAAACAUGAGAGCGGGUUUAAUACCCAGUAGAGCACUUCAGGAACGUAGGAUCAUUCUCGAGAGACAACAAAAGGAUAAAACCGACGAUGACAAUAUAAGCUUGUGUUCUGUUCCAGUGCCUUUGCCUGCAUUGUGCCCCCGUCCCAGUACCUCUUUGCACGCCUCGCCUACAAAGUGCAACUUGCAGGGAAUAAAAACUAAAAAAAUCAUGUAUGACGCUGCAGAAAACGACGACUUCGACCGAGAAGAGGUACCGACCUACGAAGAGGUCGCCAAGCUAUAUCCAAGGCCGGGUCUCUACAGACCCGUUGUUCUUAUUGGACCACCUGGUGUCGGCAGAAACGAACUCAAAAGAAGGCUGAUGGUUACCGAUCCUGACAAGUACAAGACUCCUGUGCCCUACACCUCGAGACCACCGAGACCAGGUGAAAUAGACGGGAAGGAGUAUUAUUUCGUUACUCGUGAAAAAAUGGAAGAGGACAUUGAUACUGGCAAAUUCAUCGAAUUCGGUGAAUACAAAGGGAAUCUUUAUGGUACUAGCGCGGAGAGCGUAAGCUCGCUGAUCAAUGCUGGAUACGUUUGCCUGUUAAAUCCACAUUACCAGGCACUUAAAAUGCUUAGAACGCCCCAGUCAAAGCCAUACGUGAUUUAUAUCAAACCUCCUAGAUUCGAGAUACUAAAGGAGACCAGGAACGAGAACAGAGCUAGGUCGACAUUCGACGAGAGCAACUCACGAGGUUUCACGGACGAGGAAUUCAACGAGAUACUGCACAGUGCGGCUAGGAUAGAAUUCCUUUAUUCCCAUCUAUUCGACGAAGUCAUCGUCAACGCUGAUCUCUCAAUAGCUUUUGAACAAUUAGUCAAUGCAGUUCAUAGAGUCGAAUCCGAACCACUUUGGGUUCCAGCUUCUUGGGUACAAUGAAUCCCUAUUAUCUCGUAUCACGUCGAGUUUAAACUAUACAUACGGGAUAUACGAAAAUCAAGAUAAUGCGGACGAACAUAAAAAGAAGAUAGAGAGAGAGAGAGAGAGAGAGAGAGAGAGAGAGAGAGAGAG